AUGCCGUUCACCUGCGACCAUGACGGCUGCGGCCGCUCCUAUCUGCGCAAAGAGCACCUCACGCGUCACAAAAAGGAGCACGCGGCUACACCAUCUUUUUGCUGCCCGUCAUGCGGUACAAAAUUUACAAGAGGGCAUAUGGUUCUCCACGGCCCGACUGCCCCGCCAACACGCGUAGCACAAGCCUGCGUCCCGUGCCAUCGCACAAAGACAAGAUGCGAUGGUCAGCAACCCGCCUGUUCGACGUGCAACGAUAAGGGGAGAUCGUGCGAGUGGCCGCAGCCGCGCGGCAAGCAACCAUCGCCAGGACGAGCGGUGGGAUCGUCCCCUUCUACUGGCUCUAGCAUGCUGGCUGCCUGCAUGGCGCCUUCGAAUCCCGCCAUCAUGCCGGACCCCUUGACAACGGGCAUGUCGCCCACCGGCUUGCUUACGCAGACUAUCAUGCCACCGGCACCGAUGACGAUGACCGAUACAUUCGACUUUGCGCCUGGAUCGAUGUUGGAUGAGGGCAUGAGGAUGCAGUUGCAGAGAGUCUACUUUGACCACUUCCAUCCCCAGUGGCCGAUGCUGCACAGGGAGACGUUCGAGUCCACGAUGCAGCCUAAGCUGCUGAUGCAGGCCGUCAUCACCGUUGGACUAUGGUUUGCCUCGGCACCGGGGUCGAGAGAUCUCGCCAUCAGGUUCCACGACCACCUCUUAGUAGAGGUAGGCAACAGAAUCCUCGAACUAUUAGAACAAUCAAGAAGGGGCAUGCUGUCCCCUCGAGUAGAUUUGCUACCAGUCUUCCAAGCUAUGCUGAUUUCAACAAUCUUGGUGCCGUACCGGGCAGACAAAACGAUGGAGAACGUGAUGAUGACGCACGCAAUGCUCCUGGAGACGUUCAAAGCGACGGGCAUCUACGACCAGUCGAAGAUUAACGCAGCUUCGCAGCUAUGUGGAAAUAGUGGAUAUCCUUGGGUUUUCCGGGAAUCAUAUCAGCGUCUUGCCGUUUUUCAAUUCAAACUACAUUUGAUACUUCAAGCAGUCUUUAUUACGAUAUACCCCGCGCUCCGAAUAUCCCGAAACGCAGAGCCAGCCAUGCUCAGAGUCAAGGUGCCGAUGCCGCUGAUGAUGUGGGACGGCCCAGCGGCGCAGUGGUUCGGCAUGAUACCGACAGACCCCGAACUCCUCGACGACGGCGAAGAUGACGUUUUGAUAAUCAGCAGAAUGUGCGACAAGGCCGUGAUGAUGAUGGACAACAAGCCGCUGCUCCCGCUCCUCUCCUGGGACCGGUGCCUGGGAAUGGCCAUUUGGUGCUGGUGCAUGAAGCACACGGAGAGCGACAGAGAGUUCAUUGAGAACAUCAAACCAUUUGUACUAGAGCCGUUAAAAGGGACGGGCACGGAACCUUCGUUCAACAUGGCCGAGGGUAUCAAUUGGACCCGUGUGCUACAACUGGUCAACCUUGCUGGAGCGGCACACCUCGUAGGAUAUCAAUAUGGCAGCGAUAAACUCGCCAUGCACAGCAUCGUGCAGCUCCGAGAUAAGGACCUAAUCACCGAGCUUUGGUUCCGAGGGUGGGACUUCGGCCGGAAGUACGGCCCCACAAUGGUGACCGGCACGGCGGCCGUUUUCGGUUUCCUUGCUUGGAAAGAUGGCACCGAAAGCCCUGCCUUUAUCUACAACCUCGCCGCGGCUGUCCUUAUGGGGUCCGUGGCGCCAUACACCCAGUUCAGGGUGUUUCCCGUCAACGACAAGCUCCUCGCCGAACACGAACGAAUCGUCAACCCCAAGAAAAAUGAUAGUUCCAGCGGUGGCGCUAGCCUUGAGGAAGUUCGCGGAUGGGCUGCCGAUUGGAAGAGACUGGAUAUUCACAGGCAAAUACUGGAGGCUUUUGCCGUUGUGGCGGGUAUUAUUGCAGCUUCAAAAUCGUAA